GACGAGUGGUCUAUCUCGCUGUUCCUUGGCUCUGAACACGAUGUGUCUUACGGUACUGCCGCAGAUAUUUAUCUUCAGUCCAGAAUUGAAGAUGGGGGCAUGUCUAACAUGUGGGUUGGAGACCUUCACAUAGCCGACAUGAGUAGGAAGGUGGCUGAUAUGCCCUGUGUAGGUGCCACGGUACACUGGUUGCGCUUGCGAGGUGCGAUCGAUGAGUGUACUGCAGAGCACGCCAACUGUCGAUUAGAUGGCAAAGCGAACCUUCCACGCGGAUUUCGUCUUAUUGAUAUUGCACGACGGUGUGUUGUCGAGACGAGCGAGGUCCCAUUCGUAGCUUUGAGCUACGUUUGGGGUAAAGACACGCGGGCGUCACUUCUGACUGCCACCAAGAAUACCAUCGCAGCGUUGAGCCAGGUCAGUGGUCUCUCAAUAGUAGAUAUGCCUCGGACAAUUGAGGAUGCUAUGAAUAUCUGCACUGAGCUUGGGAUUAAUUAUCUUUGGGCGGACCGACUUUGCAUCAUACAGGACGAUCCAGAAGACAAGAUGCACCAAAUUAUGGCGAUGAACGACAUCUACGAGUCGGCGUUGCUAGUGUUAGUAUCGGCCUAUGGUGACAGUAUGGACUUUGGAAUCCACGGUGUCAGUCAUCCACGCCCAAUCACCCAACAUCACGAAGAAAUCUCCGGCCUCCGAAUAACCAACCUUGUUCGAGACCCAGCAGAGAGCCCUCUUACCUUAUGGCAGACGCGAGGCUGGACAUAUCAAGAAGCUGUUUGUGCGAAACGACUGCUUCACUUCACGAACACACGAGCUUACUUCGAGUGUCAGACUUCGACAUGUUAUGAGGACAUGUACAACGUCGACACUGAGAUCAACGAGUUCAGUACUUAUGGUAUCCACCUGCAGGAUGAGAACUCGAGCUUUGAGGCCUUCGGACGGCAUCUUGCAAACUACACAUCGCGAAAACUGUCUUUCUCGUCGGACGUUUACAAUGCCUUCGUCGGAAUUGCCAACUUGCUGUACGGAUCAAGCUAUGCAGAGUCGUUCUUCUAUGGCCUCCCAAAAGUAGACUUCGAUCGUGCACUGCGUUGGUAUGCUUGGGACGGUGAGAAACCUGUUCAAAGAACGGAGAUUUCAGGCCUGGUCUGCCCGAGCUGGUCUUGGGCAUCUGCCAUGGUUCAAGAAGAACAGGUUAGAUACCAAGAUACUGAGUUCUACGGAACUUUGGCCCUCUGGACUGCAAAAGGCGAGGAUUCCGAGCAAUGGGAAGUGCUCAAUCUGCACCCGGAAACGAAAUUGGACGAGAGUUGGGAGAUUUACAUGGUAAUUGCCAGUCAAGAGGGGUGUUUACGAGGUUCGCCAAUAGAUGAGCUUUUGCGGACUAUGGAUAACCUGACCAUACAGGGGAGGUUUCGCGCUCAUUGGCCCGAUUAUCACAGCUUCUGCAAAACCGCAUUCCAGACGCCUAGAGGACCCCACGACCAAGAUCCGGCUAUCAAUAAGUUCGGGCCGGGCUUCUUAUCCACUGUGGUCCAAACAGCCUAUCUCCGACUCGGACAGCGCGGGUCAAGUCAUUACGGCUUGGGUAUCGUCGACUUGAACAACGCUGUAGUUGGUGAGCUUUGCGGAGAGAUCACCAACUUCAGAGAGAAAGCUCUGGCACCCGUCAAUAGGGAUGUUCUGUACGAGUUCUUCGCAUUGUCGUUGUCAGGCUUGCAUAUCUAUCCAUACACUGGGGAAGAGCGGACAACAAAGAAUUAUUUUGAUAAGGAUGGCACAGCGCUAGAGACGUUGCCCAUUGUCAACGUGCUGUUGAUCGAGCGUAAAGGUAAUCUUGCGUAUCGAAAAGAGCUCGGAUGGGUUUACUUGAAGGAUUGGGCAAAAGCAGAUCGACGCUGGGAAACGGUUGUACUUGGGUAGCGUACCUCGAGACGUCUUCGACAUACUCCAAACUAUGUCUCUUGCCUAAGAAGUGUUCGUCCUUUCGCGAUGAUCUUGGAGGCCGCAAGAGGGAAA